UGAUUUUUAUAUCUAAGUUUACAUGCGUAUAAAUAUUGAAUCUUUGUUAUGUCAUCAAGAUCAUAAGAGUUUAUAGUAGUUUUCGUUAUAUACCAAGCUUCUCACUACCUCACCAGAAAUGGCGAUGAGUUCUUCCAACGGGACGACGACGACGACGACAAAGCCACCACCGAUGCCUUCUCCUCUGCGUAACUCCAAGUUUUUUCAGUCGAAUAUGCGGAUUUUGGUAACUGGAGGAGCUGGAUUCAUUGGUUCACAUCUCGUUGAUAGAUUGAUGCAAAACGAAAAGAACGAAGUUAUCGUUGCGGAUAAUUACUUCACAGGAUCAAAAGACAAUCUCAAGAAAUGGAUUGGUCAUCCAAGAUUUGAGCUCAUUCGUCAUGAUGUGACAGAGCCUUUGUUAGUAGAGGUUGAUCAAAUCUACCAUUUAGCUUGUCCUGCUUCUCCAAUUUUCUACAAACACAACCCUGUUAAGACGAUAAAAACAAAUGUGAUUGGCACACUUAACAUGUUAGGACUAGCUAAGCGAGUUGGAGCUAGAAUUUUGCUUACUUCAACAUCUGAAGUUUAUGGUGAUCCUUUGGUUCAUCCUCAACCUGAGAGCUAUUGGGGAAAUGUAAACCCGAUCGGUGUUAGAAGCUGUUAUGAUGAAGGGAAACGUGUGGCAGAGACUCUUAUGUUUGAUUACCAUAGGCAACAUGGGAUUGAAAUACGCAUUGCAAGAAUAUUCAACACAUAUGGUCCUCGUAUGAACAUAGAUGAUGGUCGUGUCGUUAGCAACUUCAUUGCUCAGGCUCUCAGGGGAGAAGCUCUAACUGUUCAGAAACCGGGAACACAAACCCGCAGCUUCUGUUAUGUUUCAGACAUGGUGGACGGUCUAAUGCGUCUGAUGGAAGGAGACCAAACCGGACCAAUCAACAUAGGCAAUCCAGGUGAAUUCACCAUGGUUGAACUCGCUGAGACGGUUAAAGAGCUUAUUAAACCGGACAUCGAGAUAAAGAUGGUAGAGAACACACCAGAUGAUCCAAAGCAGAGGAAACCAGACAUAAGCAAAGCUAAAGAAGUUCUUGGUUGGGAACCAAAAGUGAAGCUACGUGAAGGACUUCCUCUUAUGGAAGAAGAUUUUCGUCUAAGGCUUGGUGUUUCAAAGAAGUGAUACUUAUUUCACCAAGAAGACAAAACAUUGUGUGUGUUUUAUAUUCAUGGAAUUGUAUAUUUCUUGUUUUUUUUUUUUUUUUUUCUUAAUUCUCUUUUUUCUUUUUUUUUACACCGGUGAUUAUAAGCCUAAUCACAUAUUAAUCCCCGAAGCUCGUUGAUCGUGUGUUUUGAUCUUUCUGUUUUGCAUUUUGAGUUUGUAGCUAAUAAGCUUCCUAACGAGGAACUUUUUAAGGAGUGAUGUUACUACUUGGAUUUUGUUAUGAGAAUGACAUUUUUAAGAGAACA